AUGCCGCCGAUUCCCAUUUACGCAAACAGCCCAGUGGCAACCAAGCCAUCAGGAGUCACUCCGCAGACAGCUUCAGCAGGAGCAUCAGCAGGACAAGAGAAGACAAUUCCAGCUUCUAUCACGGCCUCACCGACCCAGUCACGGACUUCCUCUUACCCUGAGGCCAAGCCUGGAGCUGUUCCUUCUCUUCCAGCGCCAACGGGCAGCGCUGCAGCUCCAUCGCGAGCUGCCUACAUCCCACCAACUCCUACGCAGGGCCUUGUCGAUAAGAGCGACGCACCCCCACCACCACAACCUGGUGCUCAGCCGACUGCUAGUAGGACGGCUCACCUUCCUCCUCCGCCAAAGGAUGGCGAGAAGUAUGUAUCCCCACAAUCUGCACCGGCGCCGUCAUAUCCCCAGCAGAUGUCAAUCCCACCUCCCACCAUGGCAUAUCCAGCCCAGCAGUCCGGCACAAUGUCGGCAGCUCCUCCGCCGCCGACAAUGUACAACAACCAGGUAGGCGCGAGCAGCGGCGCCCAGAGUCUGGAGCACCCGCCAGGCUAUCACCAGAAUGCAGACGCAUCUGAGCUCGACAGAUAUCAGCAGUCUGCUAUACGCCGCAAUGAGUCCGGCUACGAGUAUGGGUCGGAUGACGAGGGCGUCUGGAACUCUGCCAAAAAGUGGGCCCAAGCGACAGGCGAGAAGCUCGUGGCGGCGGAGACAGAAGUGUGGAAGAGGAUCAACAAGCAGUAA